CACAGCGGUAGUGGCUUGUGGCGGGCCGGCCGGGACACAGCACGACUCUCUCACCCUGGCUGCCUACUCCGCCUCACCUCUCAAGUUUACCCUGACCCCUGACUCCUUUCCUCUGCUGUCUCUUGCCUAAAAAAAUGAUAAGACGUUCAUUAUCGUACGAGGAAGAAUUAUUUUGUUACCUGAAAAAAUUAGUUUGAAAGACUUUAAUGUUCUUUCUUGAAAAUGUUGAACUAAUAACAUGUGACUGGAGCGUGUUGCUGUUGGUGGACUAACUCAAGUCGCAAACAUAUCACUCUCAUGUUAGCUUAAGUUAGCAGGUAAUUUACUGUACUAGACAUAGCAGCGUGCUGACGAAACAUGUUUAGGUAAAAAUAAUGCUUUCUUUAUACUAAUUUAAAUUGGUACUGUAAGAAAUAGCGGUCAUGAGAGAGAGCACGGGACCAAAUCACACAGUAAAACGUUAACUGAAUAACAACUGCCAGCUUAAUGUAUCUAGGCGUCAACCAUAUUAUUUCUUCAAACUAAGUGACGAAAUAAUACCAUCUGUAUGAACUUGAAGACUGAAACGAACAAGACUAAUUUGGAAACGAAGAGUGACAUCGGCCGAACUAUACAGUACAGUAGCUUCGAACAACUGUGUACGUUUUGAACACUAAGAUCUGGAUAAUUCGAAACGGAAAACGGAAUUAGUUCAAGGCGUAAAAGUGAACAACAUAUAAAACACACAAACUGACAGUCUUUGAACAGAAAGUUAAUUAAGGGAACAAAUCAUCGACAGAAAAACAUUUGAACACAAAACACAGAUUUAAGCUAAACACAUUUGAACAGAAGCUAAAUAAAUCUGAAUAAAAAAAAAGGAUGUGAACAUAAAAGUUAUUAAGUAAGUUUGAACGCAUGAACAAACAACCAAGUGUGAACAUCAGUGAAUACUCGAGCAAGACUUACCAACACUCGUCAGGUACGCCGUGACGUCACUCAUAAUACUCUGACGUCAUCAAUCGCUCUUUCCAGCCCUUGACGUCACACACAUUAGGCACUGACGCCCCUAGCUACACCGUGACGUCACCAGUCGCCACUACGAUUCACAUCGUGAUGCCACUCAUCAUGCCCUGAUAUCGUCAGGUACCGUCAGCCAUACUGUGACGUCAUUCAUCAUGACCAGAUGUCAUCAGCUUCCAUCAGCAUUACCGUGACGUCACUCGUCAUGAUCUGACGUCACCAGCCGCCGUCGCCAUCAUCCAGUAUGGCCGCCACAACACUACUGGUGCUGGUCGUCCAUUGGUCUUUGUGUCUCCUGAUCUGUGUCACAGGCGACCUACUACAGAGGGUGGAGGUCCCCGUGUUCGCCUUCGCCGGGAGUCGUGUUAACAUGAGCUGUAUGUACGACCUGAGAGCCACGGGUCUGUACUCCCUCAAGUGGUAUCAUAACGACACUGAGUUCUACCGCCACGUGCCCACGGAGACACUCAGGCCGGUGGACAUCAAACCCUCCAUCAAGUUCCAGGCACACGAGGUGUCGAGGUCAGAGACACAGGUCACCCUCUCCCUCACCAGCAUGACCUCAGCGGCCUCGGGGGAAUACAAGUGUGAGGUGAUCGCUGAGCAUCCCUCCUUCAGGACCGAGACUCGCUCUGCCUUCAUGACCGUGUUAGACGAGCCGCUAGAGCCACCUGUAAUCAUGGGGGCGAGGGAGGUGUACCAGGUUCACGAUCACCUCACCCUCACCUGCCUCCCGCACCAGCUGCCGCCCUCAGCACCCUCACCUGCCCUCACCUGGUACCUGCAGGGCCGCCAGGUGCGUACUCAUCAGGUGACAAUGUUAAGACCAGUGAAAAGUAUAUGGCGUAUUUUGACACCAAUUUGA